AUGUCUGGCCCUGGGUCAGAGACGUCCGAUGGUCGGUCGAUGCAGUCUCGAACCGGAAGAAAUAAGCAAAGUGCAACAGGACAACUUGCUAACGCUCUGUUCACCCGCAAUGUAGGGUACAACUCAAAAGGCGAGCGACUCGUCGCAGGAGUCGUCCCCUUAAGUCCCGACCUAAACUUCGUUCUUCUUAUACAGUCGACGCGGCGCAAAGGAUGGGUUCUCCCAAAAGGGGGAUGGGAGACCGACGAGUCUUGCCAAGAGGCGGCUACACGUGAAGCCUGGGAGGAGGCUGGAAUUACUAUUCAAAUUGACUAUGAUCUGGGCACCAUCGACGAAAAGCGACCCCCCAAGUCGUCCAAGGACAGAUCAAGAUACUCAUUUUUCCAGGUCACCGUCCUCAGCGAGGUGGAAGACUGGCCUGAGAGGCAUAAACGAGAGCGUCAGUGGUUUACCUAUACCCAGGCUCUUGACGCCUUGGCAACUCGGCCUGAGCUGCAGGAAGCGCUUCAGCGCUCUACUAUCAACCAAUUGUAG